AGAUUGGCUCAUGGAAGCUUCGAUCAACUCAUAAUCCCUAAUUCCUGUUCAAGACUCACAAUUUGUCCACGUACAGCCCCCAUUGGGCGGAGAAUAUAGCGUGCACAACGUCGAUCAAGCUCGUAUCGGCCUGUGCUAGCCUCAAGUUUCAGAUACAGUGCAGCAACGUUGCCUUGGAAUUCAAUGGUCAACGCCAAAGAAGAUUCUGGCGCAGCCACAAAGAAUGCAUCAGCUUUUGUGACAAGCGGUCAGAUCUGCUCCCCGACAGAUCCGGGGAAGUAUCCAACUUGUUGAAUUGCCGAGCUGAGGACCAUGUUUUGACUUUGGAUUGGUAGCGAUCGGCAUUGGAAAUUGGGGCGACCUAUGACGGAUGCCAUGUCUAUGAGCUGCAAAUAGAUCUUGGGGGUGGAUAUGCAAGGGUUUUCGUUGUUUGUAUCCAUUCACGUUGGACAUGCAUGAAUAAUAUGAUAUUAGAGUUGAGAGUUGUAUAUGUAUAUAAAGGGAUCACCGACUCUUCAACUGAAUCCUUUCUGCUCUCCUAUACUCAACUCAACUCCAUCCUGAAAACAACUAUCUAUACUCCUAGAUAACUUCACAACCAUCAACAUGCGCUUCUCUAUCGCCGCCGCUUCCACCGCUCUCCUCGCUCUCGCUGAGGCCCGCAUCACCGGUAUCAAGGUCCCCAAGGAGAUCGCAGUCGGUGAGCCCUUCGAGGCCAUCAUCGUUCGUGAGAACUACAUCCAAAGCGUCUUCGACUCCUCCAUCGUCUUUGGCUAUGCUUCUGAGUCUCAAUACCCCGGCACCAUCGGCCAAGUCGCCGAUUCCUUCGCCCUCGGAAAGAAGGAGUCUAACAAGAUUGAGCCUCUGAAGAAGAAGCUCACCAUCCCCGAGGGUGCCACCAAGGGCAAGGGCCUCGUCACCGCUGCUCUUCUCAGCAUCUACGGUGCUUCUGGAAGCCCUACCAUCAGCGAGUACAAUGUCACCGUCACUUUUGGUGACAAGACUAGCAAGGAGUAUGCUAGCUCAUCAUGAGUUGUUAGAGUUUGAUUAACUAUGUCAGGGGAUAAAACCUUGACGUGGUGGUGUUGAAUAUGGAGACUGGAUGGGGAUCGUCUUGUGUAGACAAGUCAAAUUUCCCUGGUCUGCAAAUGAACUGUUUAUAUCUUCUUAGCACAUUUUGCAUAUUAGAACAUAGACGUUGCUUAUGAAAAUGUUUGAGUAUAUAAAUCCUGAUGCCUAUCCUAUA